AUGGAGUUUAUGUUGUUCUCCUUGAUGGACACCAAGCCUCCCAUCUCGAGGGCCAAGAUGAUCUCCAUCACCAAAUCUGCUAUAAAAGCCAUUAAAUUAUACAAGCAUGUUGUCCAAAUUGUAGAAAAGUUCAUAAAGAAGUGCAAACCCGAGUACAAAGUUCCAGGACUCUACGUGGUGGAUUCCAUUGUUAGACAGUCACGGCAUCAGUUUGGAGCCGAUAAAGAUGUGUUUGGACCUAGGUUCACCAAAAACAUCACAGGGACAUUUGAGAAUCUAUGCUUGUGUCCCACAGAAGAUAGGAGUAAGAUAGUGAGAGUGCUGAACCUGUGGCAGAAGAAUGGAGUGUUUAAGAUUGAUGUAAUCCAGCCUCUAUUAAACAUGGCUGCUGGAUCUAGCAGCUCUACAGGCUUGGACAGCCCUGAGGGCGCAUCUCCACAGUCUCCCGUGAGGGAACAGGAGGCUCAUCCAGUGGUGAUGGCAAACUCGAUUGCAGCAGCUGUGCCUCAGCUUGAGAACUCUGAUGCCUUUGUGGCUGUUGCUCAGCUAUUUCAGUCUUCUCAAGGACAGCAGCUUCAGCAGAUGCUUCAGAACUUUCAGCCACCAGGGAAACCUCAGUCUCCAGCUGUGGACAAUAACAGGAGUCACCACCACCCACAGGCCCAAACUAUGACUGCCACCUCUACCCUCACACAUCAACAUAUCCAUCACGUACCACAGCCUGUGGAAAAGAAAGCCACCUUCGUCAAGACACUUCUGGAUCGCUUUGACUAUGAUGAUGAGCCAGAAGCAGGUGAGGAAGCAAAAAAGGGUGAAACGUCAUCUGUCCAACCUACUAUGGGAUUUCCUGAGCAGACCGUCCCAGGAUUUCCACCAGGCAAUCAGAUGCAGCCCUUUCAACAGCAUAUGAUGGCCGUAACACAGCAGCAACAGGUUGUUCUACCUUCAAAUGGACAGGUCCAAGGCUUUGGUCUUAUGACCUCUCAGCCCUAUCCAGACAUGAUGUCUCAGAUGGGGCAGUCACACACAGCUUUCCCCUCUCAGAAUAACACAUUCAAUCAGCACAUGGCUGGACAUCAGCAUCCGGAAAUUAUGAAUUCAGAUGCAUCUGCUAGGCCUUACCACGAUGACAAGAGGUCACGGUCACGUUCAGGGUCGAGAUCUCCUAAAAGAAGAAGGUCUCGGUCUAAUUCCCGUACCAGACGAAUGCGGCAUCGGCGAUCACGCUCUCGAGAACGACGGCAUCAGUCACCUCGCUCGCGGUCUCAGGAAAGAAGAGACAGAGAAAAGGAACGAGAACGAAGACAGAAAGGCCUUCCUCCUAUAAAGAAUAACACUCUCAGUGUGUGCAGUACUACGCUAUGGGUGGGCCAGCUGGAUAAAAGGACACAUCAGCAGGAUGUGGCCUGUUUACUAGAGGAGUUUGGGCAGAUAGAUUCAAUUAAUAUGAUUCCUCCUCGUGGUUGUGCCUACAUUGUCAUGAUUCAUCGUCAGGAUGCUUAUCGAGCUCUGCAGAAACUAAGCAGAGGUCCAUACAAAGUCAACCAGAAAGCCAUUAAGAUUGCCUGGGCUCUGAAUAAGGGCAUUAAGGCUGACUUCAAGCAGUUUUGGGAUGUGGAGUUGGGUGUAACCUACAUACCAUGGUCCAAAGUAAAGAUGGAGGACCUGGAUGUGUUUAGAGAAGGAGGGAUGCUGGACCCUUAUACUCUUGCACCAGAAUGGAGAAGCUCUCAAAUUGAGCUAGAGAAAGCUGAAGAGUCUCAGAACGGCAGGCCUGAAAUGGGAAAAGUGGAGGAGAGCACGGCUGUAGUACCUAUGCAGGUUCCUCCUGUCCAGCCAAUAGGAGCAGUCGGUGUCCCACCUCCAGGAUUCCCAGGACCCAUGAACAUCCCACCCCCCUCAUUCCCACCUGGAGUUCCCCCACCCCCGGGUCCUUUUAUACGUCCAGGCUUUAACCCAAUGCAGAUGCCACCUGGAUUUCUCCCCCCGGGUGCCAUGCCUCUUCUGGGCGCCACUGGGCCUCCACCUACAGCAGGGAUUGGCAUGCCUCCAGUUGGCAGCUCAGUUAAGGACCUGUCGAAAGACCCAGCAGGUAUGGGCCCAAGAAUCAACAGUGAUGGAAUAGAGGGGUUCAACUCAGGCGAGAUUCUUAUAUGA